AUGGAAAAACUAAGUAAGAAAGAAAAGGCCGAAGCUCGUGAACUGUUUGAGAAUCAACUUCGUUAUGCAUUCAUUAAAUACGAUUAUGUGGACGACGAGGAAGACAAUAGUGAGAAACGGCGGGAAGAAUGCGAGCGAAAAGCAAGGAGGGGGGAAAUGGACCCCCGGCUGGAGUUCACCUUCCAGCUGCUCAUAGAUGGAACCGGUCUACCAAGACAUGCUAUCAUGGAUCAUGUUUUUGAAGGGAAUAUGUUAGAUGACAUUAACCAACUGUUCCUCCCGCACAUGAGGAAUAAGCUACUCUGGUACUAUCAAGAUGUAGAAGAGAUAGAAGCGAGGCCGCAACCCGAGAGUACGAAACCAAGGCAACAAGGCCAGGGGAAACAACCACCCCCACAAGUGACACUUAAGAAGAAACUAUUCUUAUCAGACGGAUGGGAUGUUAAGUUUACCGGUGUAUGUAUUUAUAUGUUCCGGAUAAAUGUUAGCAAGCAGUUACCAGAAGAAGGCUUUCAUAAAGACUUGUUUUGUGGUGUUCUAAACGCUGAACAAGUAGGUCUUGUUACUGCUAUAGAGCGGGUUAUGGAACAUGUAUAUAUGAACGCAUUAGCUCACCCCAGUACGGACGGCGAUGAGGACGAGACCAGGUUCCCCAUAGUUAAGAAUCAGCUACUACCUGGUUUGAGGUCUUUCUGCAGUGCUCUGAAAGUAUGUGAAGAUGUCUGUAACCAAGUGAAUCUAUUUGAUGACGGGCAAGUAUUGAUGUCUAAGUUACAAGAUCACACAGAACUGAAGGAAAUGACGAAAAAUCCCAACACAGUAACGAUGUUGGAGGAACGAGUUAAUGAGUGGAUUAAAAAGAUUAUGGAGAUCCUUAGUGAAAGUGAACAACUGCGGCGUGAAGUGGACUCAAGUGGGCCGCAAGACGAACUCGAAUACUGGAAGAAAAGGGGGGGCACAGUUUUCUCAGCUAGUAUCGUAUCUACAACCAAUUCAAAAGUUAUCAAGUUCUGGCGCGACACAGACCACAAAAUCACCUUCUGUUACAAUGAGGCCAAAGAUAAUGCAAAAUUCGUACAAGCGAUGGAGAAGUGUUGUCAUUCUUUGUAUCUGGAUGAUCCUGUCAAGAUCAAAGAUUCUAUACUGAGUCUGCUACAGACAGUCCGACUGAUUCACAGCGUAUCGCAAUUUUACAACACAUCGGAAAGAAUAUCUUCUCUAAUGGUCAAGGAACGCGACCUCGUCCGUAACAAACUGAUGCAUUGCAUUAACUUAAAUAAAACCUACAGGGACACUUACCUCUUUGUUAAGAAUCAGCCGUUCCUACCCAACACGGAGCAGUUUAGCUUUUCCGAAAACUAUGUGUUUGGAAAAUUCGAUACGUUUUGUAAGCGUCUGAAUAAAAUCAUUACAAUGUUCGACUUGAUAGAUGAUUACAACCAUCUCUUUGAGAAGCGUAUGGAGGGUCUACUGUUAGGUGAAGAUCUCGAGGACGCAAUGCAUGCUUUUGAAGAGGCUAAGAAGGCAGUGACCACAUGCCAAUACGAUUACUUAGAUUAUCGCAAUAAUGAAUUCGACAAGGAUUACCAAGCAUUUCAAGACAAAACCGACGCUUUACGGGAGUCGAUCGGUAACACGAUAGAAAUUAACUUUGCCAGCGUCUGGGAAACCCCGCAGGGGAUAAAGUUUUUGACAAGAUUCGAAAAGGUCAGUCAAAAAAUACAAAUAACAAAACUCAGCGAGAAAUACAGCCGAGUACUGAAGUACAGUGAAAAGGAAGUGGACAAAAUUAUGAAAAUGUUUAAGAGACAAAAGGAAGAUCCGCCGUUGCCUAGGAAUUAUUCACCUGUCGCAGGCCGUAUAAAGUGGGCGCGUUGUUUGAUGUACAACAUGACGGAAACUGUUGAGAGUGUAUGCGCCCACCCCGUCCUGCGAGCGCUUCCAGCAGCUGCGGAUAUGUUGCGCAAGUACCAGGCCACCAAAACUCUCAUACACAACUAUGAAACAACUAUGAGCGCUGUAUGGAUGAAUCAAAAUCUGUGGGAUGUUGAUGACAGUUUGAACAAUACUUUACUGAAAAUCGAUGAUACUGGACAAUUAGGUGUAAACCUGGACCAUACUAUUAAAUUGCUAAUCCGCGAAUCAGACUGUCUGAUUAAGAUGGGUGUGGAUCUUCCUAUCCUGUGUCACUCGUUGUACGCCAAGAAGAAUUACUUUACACUUGUGAAUGAUUCACUACAGUUCUUGCUCGAAGAUUACCUGCGGAGUGUCCGUCAGGUUAAAUUGGAAGUACGCCCGCUUCUGUUACCACAAGUGGUGCGACUGUCCUCGCUCUUGCUCCCUGGUCUUCGCUCGGUUACUUGGACUAGCGAGGACUGGAAAGAGUUCGUGGACAGAGCCAACGCAGCCAUCAAUAGCUUUGACGUCCUUGUUACGAGAGUGCAUGAUAUAUAUACGAAUAGAAUUAUAUAUGUGUUGUCUGGUAUGCAAGAUGUGACUCUAAUAACUUUGCCAGAUGAAACUCCGUGGGCUGUUGACGAAUUUAUCGAGUUUGUUGAGACUAAUUGUCGAAACGCUUGUGUCGAAUUAAAUCGCAAGAGCAUUAUGGUGGAAGAAGCAGUGGAGGAGGUUUUAGACCUCGUAAAGAAAGCAGCUCAACAGAUCAAACCGGCCGAAAUUAAUCCAGACUUUGAAUUUCUUAUCACCGAAGAUGAUGCACAAGGCAGUGCUACGGUGUCUACACUCAAUGAGUCAACAAGUAGUGGACAGCAAGAUUGGUCCGCCGUUUGGGAAUGUUUUGAAAGUCCACAUAGACUAUUGUCCAUACCAGCUGGUGGUCUUUCCAAGAGCAUGCAGGAGAUGGUGAAAAACGCAGUGAGCGAAAUGCGUCGCUAUUACAGUCGUAAAGUGAUUGAUGUUCUUAUCAGAGUUACCAGGCGAGCUUUGGAUCUUAUCAUUAAGCAGUUCUCACAAGAUUCGGACACUCUAGGUCAACAGAAGAAACCGAUAUUCUUACUUCACGCUGCGCUGGUGAUACCAAAUGUGUUGGUGAAACCAACUCUUGACGAGAUUCAAGAAGUUUUAGUUUUAGCGGGAAAACAUAUCUCGGGUUUGUCGAAGGGCGUCGCACAGUGGACUGGAGGAAAGACAUCUAGGGUAAGCUGGAAGAAACUGACCGGUCACCAGUCCAAUCAGCUCUUGCAAGUAGUCACGAAACUUGACGAACAGGUUCAAACAGUGGCGCCAUUAAACGUGGCCAAGUCCAUGAAAAUGAUAGAAGCGGCCAAAAUGAGAAAGAAGAAGUAUUACAGACUGGAAUCCGAAGAGAAACCGGUGUUUCCGUUCCAACAGAAGAGUUUUUAUAGUCACGUCAUGGAAAACAAAGAGAUAAUGAAGACUUUGACUCUUCUGUCGAUGUGUACUCAGAAUAUCAAAACGGAAUUAAAUAUAUUAGUAAAACGAUGGAGGCCAUACCAUUACCUGUGGAAGUGCGAAAAAACAUUGCGACAACUUUUAUCUUGGAAUUUGAACGAUUUUGAGCUAGCUUUGAAAAGGCACAGCGAACUGGAAUUAAAACUAGCUACGGAACCCGACACUCUUAUUAUCGGAAACUGUCUUGCCGUGUCUACAGAGAAGCUUAAGUUGGGUCUUAUGACAGAAUUGAAAAACGGUACGCAUAGAAUAAGCCAAGCGAUGCGCAAAAAGUACAAACGUGAAAUGGAUUACGUAUAUGCUAUAAUGAAUGAUCUAGAACGCAAAUUGGAGAGGCCCAUACGAGAUUUAGAUGAUGUUAGAACAGUAAUGGAAACAUUGAAGAAGAUACGAGAGCAAGAGGUUGAUAUGGAAUUGAAAAUUGAUCCGGUUGAGGAGGCAUUUAAUGUCAUAACACGCUACGAACUCCCAGUCAGUAAAGAAGAUAUGGAGCAAGUGGAUAAUCUGAGGUACAGCUGGCAACAACUCCAAGCCACUGCUCUUGCGUCCCAUGUCCAACUAUUAAAAAUGCAGCCACAAUUCGAAGAAGACUUGAAGAACAACUUGGACAACUUUAGAGAAGACAACACCGAUUAUUGUCAUGAGUAUAGACACGCAGGUCCAAUGCAGACUGGAUUAACUCCAAGAGAGGCGUCUGAUAGAUUGAUUUUGUUUCAAAAUAGAUUUGAUGGUAUGUGGCGAAAACUACAAACAUAUCAAAACGGCGAAGAACUGUUUGGUCUUCCACAUACUGAGUACCCGGAGCUUGCGCAGAUAAGAAAGGAACUGAAUCUAUUACAGAAAUUGUACAAACUCUAUAAUGACGUGAUCGAUAGAGUAAGCAGUUACUACGAUAUACCUUGGGGAGAAGUUAAUAUUGAGGAAAUUAACAAUGAGCUGAUGGAGUUCCAGAAUCGAUGCAGAAAAUUACCAAAAGGGCUUAAAGAAUGGCCAGCCUUCUACGCUCUCAAGAAGACAAUCGAUGACUUCAAUGAUAUGUGUCCAUUACUUGAACUCAUGGCCAACAAAGCUAUGAAACCUCGUCACUGGCAGCGGAUAAUGGAAGUUACAAAGUAUAUCUUCGAGUUGGACAACGAAGACUUCUGUUUGAAAAAUAUUUUGGAAGCUCCUUUGUUGCCAAACAAAGAAGACAUUGAGGACAUUUGUAUAUCAGCCAUGAAAGAAAAGGAUAUAGAAGCAAAACUUCGACAAGUGACCAAUGAGUGGUCAGUGCAUGAAUUAACUUUUCAAACCUUUAAUAACAGAGGAGAACUCUUACUGAGAGGAGAUACAACAGCUGAGACUAUAGGGCAACUUGAGGACAGUCUUAUGAUACUGGGAUCUUUACUAUCUAAUCGUUACAACGCGCCCUUCAGAAAGCAAAUCCAGCAAUGGCUUUACGACUUGCAAAGCACAAAUGAAAUUCUAGAGAGAUGGCUUCUUGUACAGAACAUGUGGGUCUACUUGGAAGCGGUCUUUGUGGGUGGUGACAUUGCAAAGCAAUUACCGAAAGAGGCGAAGAGGUUUUCAAAAAUCGAUAAAUCCUGGCAAAAAAUUAUGCAGCGAGCGCACGAAACACCCGGUGUUGUGUCCUGUUGCGUCGGAGACGAUCUGCUGCGGCAACUACUUCCACAUUUACAAGAACAGCUGGAACUCUGUCAGAAAAGUCUAAGUGGUUAUCUCGAGAAAAAGCGGACGAUGUUCCCUAGGUUCUUCUUCGUCUCUGACCCGGCGCUGCUGGAGAUUCUUGGUCAAGCGUCAGAUUCCCAUACUAUACAGAACCACCUGUUAUCCAUAUUUGAUAAUAUACGCUAUGUUAAAUUUCAUGAUAUAGAAUAUAACAAGAUGGUGUCCAUAGUUUCAUCUGAAGGCGAAGAAAUAAAGUUGGAACGACCAGUUCGUGCCGAGGGUUCGGUGGAGACGUGGUUAACUUCACUAUUACAGUCAGCACAAAGCAGCUUGCAUUCCAUUAUAAGAAAUGCAGUAUCUCUCAUUAAUGAUCCAGUUUUUAAUCUCUUGCUAUUUCUUGACAAGAUGCCCGCGCAGGUAGGUCUUCUUGGAAUUCAAAUUAUAUGGACCAGGGAUGCAGAAUUGGCGUUAAUGCAAGCGCGACAAGACAAAAAAAUCAUGUUGGAGACAAAUAAUAAGUUCCUUGAGCUCCUCAAUACGCUCAUUGAUCAGACCACGAGGGACUUAACCAAAAUUGAGAGGAUCAAAUUUGAAACGCUUAUUACUAUACAUGUCCAUCAACGAGAUAUUUUUGACAUGCUGUGCCGACUGAACGUUCGUUCGGCAAACGAUUUCGAAUGGUUGAAACAAUGUCGAUUCUAUUUCAAAGAGGACGUUGACAAAACUUGGAUAUCAGUUACUGACGUUACGUUCACUUAUCAAAAUGAAUAUCUUGGAUGUACUGAGAGACUUGUAAUAACACCAUUGACAGAUAGAUGCUACAUAACUCUCGCUCAAGCACUAGCAAUGAGCAUGGGUGGCGCCCCCUGCGGUCCAGCGGGCACAGGCAAAACAGAAACAGUGAAAGACAUGGGAAAAACACUAGCUAAAUACGUUGUUGUGUUUAAUUGUUCCGAUCAAAUGGAUUACCGAGGACUCGGGCGUAUCUAUAAAGGUCUCGCACAAUCCGGCUCAUGGGGAUGUUUCGACGAAUUCAACCGUAUAGAACUUCCUGUGUUAUCUGUGGCGGCGCAACAAGUUGCCGUCGUUCUUGCUGCUAAGAAGGAAAAGAAGAAAACCUUUCUUUUCACAGAUGGCGAUAUGUCUGAAAUGUGCCCGGAGUUCGGGAUAUUUAUAACUAUGAAUCCUGGUUACGCCGGCCGUAAAGAACUACCAGAGAAUUUGAAGAUCCAGUUUAGGACCGUCGCCAUGAUGGUACCAGAUCGGCAGAUUAUUAUCCGCGUGAAACUUGCCUCUUGCGGAUUCUUGGAGAAUAUAACUCUAGCAAGAAAAUUUUACACGUUAUACAAACUAUGUGAGGAGCAAUUGACAAAACAAGUGCACUAUGAUUUUGGUCUCAGAAACAUUCUAUCCGUAUUGAGGACUCUGGGUGCAGUCAAGAGAGUGAACGCAAAAGACAAUGAGAGUACAAUUGUCAUGCGAGUACUUCGAGAUAUGAAUUUGUCCAAACUGAUUGACGAAGAUGAACCGCUUUUUAUCUCUCUUGUAGCCGAUUUAUUUCCAAAUCAGGUUCUAGAGAAAACCACGUACCCGGACCUCGAAGAAGCGAUAAGGAAAAUUGUGGAUGCCACGGGUUUAGUGUACCAUCCGCCGUGGGUUUUAAAGAUUGUUCAGCUGUACGAAACACAGAGAGUACGACACGGCAUAAUGGUACUGGGACCACCAGGCGCUGGUAAAACCACGUGUAUACAUACAGUGAUGAGUGCUCUAUCGGAAACAGAGGACCCCCACAAGGAAAUGAGAAUGAAUCCCAAAGCAAUAACAGCUUCACAAAUGUUUGGACGACUCGAUGUGGCUACAAAUGACUGGACAGAUGGCAUUUUCUCUGCGUUAUGGCGAAAAACGUUAAAGAUGAAAACUGGGGAGCAUAUUUGGCUUGUGUUAGAUGGCCCCGUAGAUAGUAUAUGGAUAGAAAACUUGAAUUCAGUACUUGAUGACAAUAAAACAUUAACGCUUGCUAAUGGAGAUAGGUUAACAAUGUCUCCAACAUCGAAAAUAAUAUUCGAACCUGAAAAUAUUGACAACGCAUCACCAGCAACGGUAUCAAGAAAUGGUAUGGUUUAUAUGAGUUCUUCGGGAUUAGACUGGGAACCAGUUUUAAGUGCCUGGCUAAAGACAAGAUCGUCGCGCGAAAAUGAAAUAUUCAGUUCAUUGUUCGAAGAAACUUUUCCAAACACUUACACGUGGUGCACACAAAAUCUCAACUUUAGUAUGCGCGUUCUUCAAAGCAAUAUUGUUUCACAAAUGCUCAAUUUACUAGAAGGUCUAGUUCCACCUCAAAUUGUAGAAACUGAGGAUCAGUCUGCGAGCAAAUCAGUUAGCGGCGAUUUAGAUGAUGAUGAAGAAAAAGAAAAGGGGGAAGAAAUCCCCCUGUUUACACCUGAACAUUUGCAUAAAAUUUACGUGUUUUCUUUAGUAUGGGGUUUCGGUUCAUUAUUGGAAACGGGUGACAGGAUUAAGUAUGAUAAGUAUAUUAAAACAACGUUUACUGAUAUUCUUGAGAUGCCGAAGCAUCCCAGCAAUAAACCUAGUAUAUUAUUCGACUUUUAUGUAAAACAUCCUGGCAAAUGGGAGCUUUGGGACGAUCUUAUGACAAAUUAUCAAUACCCAGACACUGCUACUCCGGAUUAUGCAAAUAUUCUUAUACCGAUCGUAGACAAUGUUCGAAUUAAUUAUCUAAUCCACUGUAUUGCGAAACAAGGAAAGGCCGUAUUACUCCUCGGUGAGCAAGGCUCUGCCAAAACUGUCAUGAUGAAAGCAUAUAUGAAGAAUGCUAAUGCAGAACAAUUUAUGGGUCGUUCGUUCAAUUUUUCUUCCGCUACAAGUCCGUAUCAAUUUCAAAAAACCAUAGAGAGUUACGUGGAAAAACGAAGUGGUAUGACGUUUGGUCCACCUGGCGGGAAGAAAAUGCUCGUUUUUAUUGAUGAUAUAAAUUUACCUCAGAUAAAUGAAUGGGGUGAUCAAAUCACAAAUGAAAUUGUACGUCAAACUAUGAGCAUGGGCGGAUUUUACAGUUUAGAGAAACCCGGGGACUUUACAACUAUCGUAGAUAUUCAGUUUCUUGGUGCAAUGGGUCAACCUGGUGGUGGCAGAAAUGAUAUUCCAUCAAGGUUGAAAAGGCGCUUUUCUAUUUUUAACUGUCCCUUACCAAAUAACGAUUCUAUUGAUAAAAUAUUUAAAGUUAUUGGCGAAGGACAUUAUAACGCGAAGCGAGGAUUCACUAUUGAGGUUCGGUCCCUAAUAAAAAGAAUUAUUCCAUUGACGCGCGAACUGUGGACAAGAACACGAAUCAAUUUAUUGCCAACACCAGCUAAAUUUCACUAUGUGUUUUCACUAAGAGAUUUAUCAAGAGUAUGGCAAGGAAUGGUUGGUACUUUGCCUACUGUUAUAGAAUCGGAAAGAUGUUUAAUGUUGCUGUGGAAGCACGAGUGCUCCAGAGUGUUUUCCGAUAGAUUUACACAUCAAACAGAUAAGGAUUGGUUUAAUAAAGCGUUGUAUGACAUUGCUGAAGAAAUUUUAGGUCCAGAAUAUAAGAAAAUGAUGGAAAAAGACCCCGUGUUUGUAGACUUUAUGAGAGACGCCCCUGAACCGACAGGCGAAGAAGGUGAAGAUGCUGAUAUGGAAUUACCAAAGGUGUAUGAACCAGUUUUUGAUUACAAUGAAUUACGCGAUCGUCUGGAUAUGUUUUUAUCACAAUUUAAUGAAAUGGUCCGAGGCUCCGGAAUGGACCUUGUAUUCUUUCCAGAUGCAAUGCUUCAUUUGGUCAAGAUAUCGCGUGUAAUCAGGCAUCCUCGAGGAAACGUUAUGCUUGUAGGCGUUGGUGGUUCAGGAAAACAAUCCCUAACCAAAUUGUCUACAUUUAUUGCCGGAUAUCGGUCGUUUCAAAUAGCAUUAACAAGAUCAUAUAAUGUUGGUAACUUUCUAGAAGACCUGAAACUUUUAUAUAGAUCUUGCGGUGUGCAAGGAAAAGGCACAACAUUUAUUUUCACAGACCUAGAUAUAAAGGAAGAGGGAUUUCUAGAAUACCUAAACAACAUUUUAAGCUCAGGCGUUAUAUCAAAUUUAUUUACAAAAGAUGAACAACAGGAAAUAAUAUCUGAGCUCACACCAAUUAUGAAAAGAGAAAAUCAAAAACGUACUUUGACUAAUGAACUUGUUAUGGAGUACUUUUUGAAUAGGACAUGCCAAAAUCUACAUGUGGUACUAUGUUUCUCACCGGUAAGUGAAGCUUUUCGCUACCGAGCUUUAAGAUUUCCAGCGUUGAUAUCAGGAUGCACAAUAGAUUGGUUUCAACCUUGGCCAAAGGAUGCCUUGGUAUCAGUAGCGGAUCAUUUUCUAGCUGAAUUUGAAAUCGAAUGCACGAAAGAAGUAAAGAAAGAAUUAGUUACUGUACUCGGAACAAUACAGGAUGUGGUUUCUACAGUUUCAACAGAAUAUUUUCAAAGAUUUAGGCGUUCAUCCCACGUAACGCCAAAAUCAUAUUUAAGUUUUAUUGGCGGUUAUAAAACAAUAUAUCAAAUGAAACAAAAAGAGUUAGGCGAUGGUGCUUUAAGAAUGGAUACAGGACUGGAAAAAUUACGUGAAGCAUCAAUAUCUGUGGAGGUAUUGAAAAAGGAUUUGGCGGUGAUGGAGCAAGAUUUAGCUCUAGCAUCUGAAAAAGCAGACCGCGUUUUAACGGAGGUGACAGAACGAGCCAUGCAAGCCGAAAUAGUGAAGAAUCAAGUCCAAGUUGUUAAAGAAAAAGCCGAAGCACUGGUAGCUUUUAUAGCAGAAGAAAAGGAAAAGGCGGAACGUAAACUCGAAGCUGCUAAGCCGGCAUUGGAAGAAGCAGAGGCUGCACUUAACACUAUAAAACCUGCUCAUAUUGCUACAGUUAGAAAGCUGGGUAGACCACCGCAUCUUAUUAUGAGAAUUAUGGACUGUGUUUUAAUUCUGUUUCAAAGAAGACUUCAUCCUAUCAUACCAGACACAGCUGCACCAUGUCCAAAACCAUCUUGGGCCGAGUCACUUAAGAUGAUGGCCAGCACAACAUUUUUAUUACAAUUACAAAAUUAUCCAAAAGAUAUCAUCAACAAUGAAAUGGUAGAACAUCUAUUACCAUACUUCGAAAUGGAAGAUUACAACAUGGAUACUGCGAAACGUGUGUGUGGAGACGUCGCAGGUUUAUUGUCUUGGACAAAAGCAAUGGCAUUCUUUCACAGUGUAAAUAAAGAAGUUUUACCAUUAAAAGCAAGUUUAAUGUUACAAGAAGCAAGAUUAAAGGUGGCUAUGGAAGACUUGGCUUCUGCGGAAAGACAGCUAGAAGAACGUGAAAUGUCACUUAGAAAAGUUAAAGAACAAUAUGAAGCAGCUGUUUCUGAAAAACAGCAACUAACAGAUGCAGCAAAUGUUUGUUUGAGAAAAAUGACAGCUGCAACUCAACUUAUCAAUGGGUUGGGUGGAGAAAAAAUAAGAUGGACUCAACAAAGCAAAGACUUUAAAGAACAACUUGGACGUUUGGUUGGAGAUGUUGUAUUGGCCACAGGAUUUUUGUCCUAUUGCGGUCCGUACAAUCAAGAAUUUAGAAACAGUUUGUUUAAUACAUGGAUGGGUAUAUUAAAGAGUAAACAAAUACCCGUAACAGAUAAUUUGAAUAUAACAAGCAUGUUAGUAGAAAAUGCUACAAUAUCCGAAUGGACUUUACAAGGUUUACCAAACGAUGAACUAUCUGUACAAAAUGCGCUCAUUGUAACUAAGUCCAGCUCCUAUCCACUACUAGUCGACCCACAGAGUCAAGGCAAGAACUGGAUUAAAAACAAAGAAAGUUCAAAUGAACUCCAAAUAACGUCGUUGAAUCAUAAAUAUUUUCGGACACAUCUUGAAGACAGCUUGUCUUUAGGUAGACCACUUUUAAUAGAGGAUGUAGGAGUUGAAUUAGACCCUGUAAUUGAUAAUGUAUUAGAAAAGAACUUCAUAAAAUCAGGUUCUAUAGAAAAAGUUAUUGUUGGUGAUAAGGAAUGCGAUGUCAUGCCUGGUUUUAUGCUUUAUAUUACCACUAAACUUCCCAAUCCUGCAUAUUCACCAGAAAUUAGCGCCAAGACCUCCAUUAUAGAUUUCACUGUAACGAUGCAAGGCCUGGAAGAUCAGUUACUUGGUAGAGUUAUUUUAAUGGAAAAGUCGGAUUUAGAAGAAGAACGAGUAGCUUUGUUUGAAUCAGUAAUGAAAAACCAAAGAAGUAUGAAAGAAUUGGAGAGUAACUUACUUUGCCGUUUAACCUCCUCUGAAGGAUCUCUUGUUGACGACGAAGCUCUGAUUCAAGUUCUACAAAUAACUAAGACAACAGCGGAGGAAGUAAAUGAAAAGCUCAAAGUAGCUGAAGUAACUGAGAAGAAAAUAGUAAAAGCAAGAGAAGAAUUUAGGGCAGUCGCAGCUAGGGGCUCAAUCUUAUACUUUUUAAUAGUGGAAAUGAGUAACGUCAAUAUUAUGUACCAAAACUCGUUGAAACAGUUUUUGACUAUAUUCGAUAAUUCAAUAACAAAAUCAACGAAAAGUAAUAUUACUGAGGAGCGUAUAAAUAUAAUAUUGAAAUACUUAACUCAUGAAGUUUGGGCAUUUACUUUGCGUAGUUUGUAUGAGAGACACAAAGCAUUAUUUACAUUAAUGUUAGCGAUGAAGAUAGAUUGCCACCGGGGUCUUAUAUCGCACGAUGAGUUCAUGGCUUUUGUCAAAGGUGGUGCGUCACUUGAUUUAAACGCAGUAACUCCAAAACCAUUUAAAUGGAUUUUAGAUAUCACAUGGUUAAAUCUGGUGGAGAUAAGCAAGCUUAAAACGUUCUCCGAUGUUCUUAGAAAAAUAUCGAGUAAUGAGAAAGAAUGGCGGAUCUGGUACGAAAAAGCAAAGCCAGAGGAGGAGGUGAUUCCGAGUGGAUACCAAGAGAGUCUGGAUGUAUUUCGGAAAUUACUUCUUAUUAGAUCUUGGAGUCCAGAUAGAACAUUGUCACAAGCCAGAAAAUAUAUUGUUGAUUCUCUUGGGGCUGAAUAUGGAGAAGGGCAAAUCUUAAAUUUAGAGGUUACAUGGGAAGAGUCAGAGCCAAGAACGCCCCUCAUAUGUAUACUAUCCAUUGGAUCGGAUCCUUCAGCACAAAUAGCAUCGCUUGCAAAAUCGAAAGAAAUAGUUUUAAAAGCCGUUUCGAUGGGACAAGGCCAGGAAAUUGUCGCCCGAAAAAUGAUAUCAGACGCAAUGACCGACGGCGGCUGGGUUCUACUCCAAAACAUUCAUCUAUCACUGUCUUUCUGCGUCGAGGCCAUGGAUGCUUUGAUUGAAACCGAACACAUACAAGAGUCGUUUCGCCUAUGGCUUACAACUGAAGUACAUUCGGAUUUUCCCAUAGGCUUAUUGCAAAUGGCCAUCAAAUUUACAAAUGAACCGCCUCAAGGUAUAAGAGCUAGUAUGAAGAGAACGUAUCAGAAUAUUACGCAAGAUACUCUAGAUUACUCGUCGUUACCCCAAUGGCCGCCACUUCUAUACGCAGUCGCAUUUUUACACACUAUCGUUCAAGAGAGAAGAAAGUUUGGGCCCUUGGGAUGGAACAUUCCAUAUGAGUUCAAUCAAGCUGACUAUGCUGCGAGCGUCCAAUUCAUACAAAAUCACCUGGACGAAAUCGAUCCUAAAAAAGGUAUAUCUUGGCCAACAAUAUGUUACAUGCUAGGUGAAGUCCAAUAUGGUGGAAGAGUUACGGAUGAUUUUGAUAAACGGCUACUAACUACAUUUACUAAUGUCUGGUUCUGCGACGUGCUCCUACGUCCCGGCUUCGAGUUCUAUAAAGGAUACAAAGUUCCACAGACUAGAAACCUCCAAGGUUAUGUAGAUUAUAUAAAUCAAUUGCCGUUAACGGACACACCUGAAGUUUUUGGGCUUCACGGUAACGCGGACAUCACAUACCAAAUUAACAGCGCUAAAGAUAUACUGGAUACCAUUUUGAGUGUCCAGCCUAAAGAGGGUGGCAGUCAAGGGGGUGAGACGAGAGAAAGUAUUGUAUAUCGCUUAGCUGAAGAUAUGUUAGAGAAACUUCCGAAGCAAUAUGUUUCCUUUGAAGUGAGAGAAGCACUACAAAAGAUGGGAGCUUUUCUUCCAAUGAAUAUAUUUUUAAGACAAGAAAUAGACCGUAUACAAAAGGUGAUAAAAACCGUUUUCACUACGCUUUGUGACUUAAAAUUAGCGAUAGACGGAACGAUAGUUAUGAGUCAAGGACUUCGUGAGUCGCUCGAUGCUAUGUACGAUGCCCGUAUUCCAUCUAAAUGGUCUAAGGUAUCAUGGGAGUCGGCAACAUUAGGUUUCUGGUAUACAGAGCUUCUAGAACGCGAAUAUCAAUAUCGAAUAUGGUUGCGCAACGGACGACCUAAUACAUUCUGGAUGACAGGCUUCUUCAAUCCUCAAGGUUUUUUGACUGCCAUGAGACAGGAAGUAACGCGUAGCCACAAGGGUUGGGCUCUAGACUCCGUCGUAUUACAGAAUCAUAUCACCAAGUUAAAUCGUGAAGACGUUCAUGAAGGACCAACAGAGGGAGUUUAUGUUUAUGGCUUGUUUCUUGAAGGUGCAUCCCUAGAUCGAAAAACCGGGAAACUAAUAGAAUCAAAGCCCAAGGUACUCUACGAACAGAUGCCAGUCAUAUACAUUUUCGCAAUAAACACAACAGCAGGAAAGGAUCCCAGGCUCUACGAAUGUCCAAUCUACAGAAAACCACAGCGAACUGAUGCUAAAUAUGUCGGCUCCAUAGAUUUUGAAACGGACAGCAAUCCGAGGCACUGGACUUUGAGAGGUGUAGCGCUACUGUGCGAUAUUAAAUAA